AAGACGGAAGCGCGGCGGGGAGCGGGGCCGGGGCCGGUGCCAUGGCCGGGCCCGGCUGGGCCCCGCCGCGCCUGGACGGGUUCAUCCUCACCGAACGCCUCGGCUCCGGCACCUACGCCACCGUCUACAAGGCCUACCGGAAGAGGGACACCCGCGAGGUGGUGGCCAUCAAGUGCGUGAGCAAGAGGAGCCUCAACCAGGCCUCGGUGGAGAACCUGCUGACCGAGAUCGAGAUCCUGAAGACCAUCCGCCACCCGCACAUCGUGGAGCUCAAGGACUUCCAGUGGGACAGCGACCACAUCUACCUGAUCAUGGAGUUCUGUGCCGGGGGGGACCUUUCCCGCUUCAUCCGGAUGCGCAGGAUCCUCCCCGAGAAGGUGGCACGUGUCUUCCUGCAGCAGCUGGCCUGCGCCCUGAAGUUCCUCCACGACCACAACAUCUCCCACCUGGACCUGAAGCCUAAGAACAUCCUCCUGAGCGCCCCGGAGAACCCCCAGCUGAAGCUGGCAGAUUUUGGCUUUGCUCAGUACAUGUCUCCCUGGGACGAGCAGCACGUCCUGCGGGGCUCCCCGCUCUACAUGGCCCCCGAGAUGGUUUGUCGCCAGCAGUACGACGCCAGGGUGGACCUCUGGUCGGUGGGCGUCAUCCUUUAUGAAGCACUUUUUGGGAGACCACCCUUCGCCUCCCGCUCCUUCGCCGAGCUGGAGGAGAAGAUCCGCAGCGACCGGGCUGUGGAGCUGCCCAGUCGGCCCCCGCUCUCCCCGGAAUGCCGGGAUCUCUUAGGACAGCUCUUGGAGAGGGACCCUGGGAAGCGCAUCUCCUUCGAGCGCUUCUUCGCCCACCCUUUUGUGGAUAUGGAGCAUGUCCCUGGCCCUGAGAGCCUCUGCAAGGGGACCAACCUGGUGGUGGAGGCAGUGAAGAAGGAUCAGGAGGGCGACGCCUCCGCCGCCCUCUCCCUUUACUGCAAAGCCCUGGAGUAUUUUGUGCCAGCUCUGCACUAUGAAACCGAUGCUCGCAGGAAAGAAGCCAUCCGAGCCAAGGUGGGCCAGUACAUCUCCAGAGCAGAGGAGCUGAAGGCUUUGGUCACCUCCAGCAACAAGAACCUCCUGCAGCAAGGGAACCCGGCCAGGGAGCUCCUGAAAGAGAUGGCCAAGGACAAGCCUCGGCUCUGCACUGCACUGGAGAUGGCCUCUGCAGCCAUUGCUAAGGAGGAGGAAGGCAAAGAUGAUGGUGACACCCUGGAGCUGUACCAGCAGAGCUUGGGUGAGCUGCUGCUGCUCCUGGCUGCUGAGCCUGCGGGGAGGCGCCGGGAGCUGCUCCACACUGAGAUCCAGACCCUGAUGGCUCGAGCUGAGUACCUGAAAGAUCAGAUAAAGAUGAGGGAGGCACAGUCCAUGGGCAAGGAGGCACUGGCAGAGUCUGUCCGGAGUGCCUGCACCCUGCAGUGAUUCCCGGGAACCAGCCGGCGGGAUGCUGCUCCCUGCCCUGCCCAGCCAGAGGGCUGGAGGAAGAACAAAGCUUCCAUUCUGACCACAUCAGGGUAAUAGCCUCGGGGGGCUCCCCCUUGGCUCUGUAGGGCCAUCUGCCCCCCUCCCUGGGCACUGAUUUCCCAGUGGGCAGAGUCCCCUGCCAGCCCUGCCUCCACCGUCUGCUGCUGCAGCCUCCCCUGCCCUCGGGGGGCAGGUUAUUCCACUCUAAUUCCCUCUGCUCUGCCAGGCUGGGUAUUUUUUUUUCUCCUGGCUCCCCUCUGCCAGCCUUUGAGGUGGGAUGUUGCUUCCCAAAGUCUCUGGGGAGACCUCUGAGUGGUGCAGAAGCACCCACAAAACCCCGCCGGUAGCUGCGGGCUGUGGGUGGUGGCAGCAGGCAGAGGGGACACACACACUGCCCACACCCACCCACCCUCUGCUGUCUUGGGUGCCUUUUUCACCCAGCAACUACCUCUCUGCACCCACCACUGCUCCCCCAGGCUCCAGCACUGGCUGCUGGAGCACUGGGGGGGGUUGGUCAGGCUGUUGCUUCCCAAACUUCCCCGCGCUGGGGUCUGGUGGGUGCUGACCACCUUGGACAUCUGUGUCAUGAGGUGUCACCCGUGCUCAGCGGGGGUUCCUGGGUGGCACGUGCUCCUCCACGGGUGCAGGCCUGGAGUGAAACGGGAGCAGGAAUCAGGUGCCUUCAGGGAUAGUGGCACAGCCACCAACAGGGAUACCUCCCCGAAGGCAGAGCCUGGGUGUCCGGCCUGCUCUGUGCCUCAGGGCUCUGGCAACCCAAAUAUCCAAAUUAGAUUCCCAGGAACCAUCUCCAGCCCUGCAGAAGUUCCUUGCCCCGGGUGGCAACGUCCCCCCAGCCUGCAAAACAAGGGACUUUUCACACAAUCUGCUGUAUUUCAAGGGAAUGUAAUUUAUUGUCUUUAAUAAAGUGGGGCUCCAGCUGAGCCCGAGAGCCA